AUGGACAAAGAGGAGCACUCAGUAAUCUACAUCAAUGAUGAUAGUGAAGAAGAAGAAGAAGAAGUUGAGGAAGUGAUAGAAAUAAAAGAUGAUGAUGUGGAGUGUUCAGCAGAGUCUAAUCUAACAGCAGAAAAAUGUGAAGUACUUGGUAGUGAUGAGAAGGCAUUGGUUCCUCCAAGAAGGGAUGGAGAUACGGGACAUGAAGUAAGGAAUAAGCUCGAAAAAAUUGGAGCUCAACUUAACAGUGACCUUGUGGAAAACAAAACAAGAAUGCAGUCCUAUAUUAAAAGUGUAGUCAAAGACUGCAACAGGAAUAUCAAAGAACACUGGAAAGCUCAUCAAGAGGAAAUGCGGGAGUUUAAAAUUGAAUAUACUGAGCAAGUUAUAACUGUGUUUAAGCAAUGGGAUUCUGAUAUAAAGCAAGUUGAAGAUCAAGAAAAUGAGCUAACUGGUAGUUUUAAUCACGAAGAGAGGAUUUUUCAACAAACUAGAAUGCUUCAGACCGACAACCUGAAAGCACUUAAGCAGGCAGAUGAUAAGUUCUUAAAGGAUUUGCAGAAUUUGGAGAAGAAUUAUAGCAAUGUACUUAAGAGUAUACACAAUGAGUUUCAAAAGCAGAAGACUGUGCUACAAGGAAAAAUUACAGAUGGUUAA